AUGGUGGGCUUUUGGCCCCAAGGAUGUAUGCCUUUGAAAGAAGUGGUCUUGUACUGCCUGGAGAACAAGAUUUGUGAUGUGAACCACUGCGACAAUGUGGCUUACUGUGCCCUGCAUGAGGCUUGUGCAAGAGGUUGGCUCAACAUCGUACGACACCUCCUUGAAUAUGGCGCCGAUGUCAACUGCGGUGCCCAGGAUGGAACCGGGCCUCUCCACGAUGCUGUCAAGAAUGAUCAUCUCAAAAUUGUCCGCUUGCUCCUCUCCUACGGUGCUGAUCCUACCCUGGCUACGUACUCAGGUAGAACCAUCAAGAAAGUGAACCACAGCGAACUUCUGGAGAAGUUCUUAACAGACUGUUUAAAUAACCUGCAGGCUCCUGACGACGGUAACCCCGGUUGCUCUUCGGAGUUCUCUGGCAGCUGUGUGUGUGAACCAGAUGAUGAAAGUGGUUACGAUGUUUUAGCAAAUCCCCCAGGACCGGAGGACCAGGAUGACAGCAACGAGGCCUAUGGUGACCUAUUGGAAUUUGAAUUUUCCGAAAGCCCCCUUUUGCCGUGUUAUAACGUCCUGGUGUCCGUCGCUCAGGGGCCUCGUAACUGGCUGUUGCUCUCAGACCUGCUCAAGAAACUGCAAAUGUCCUCCUGCAUAUUCCGCUGCAAUUUCCCAAAUGCGGAAAUUGUCACCAUCGCGGAGGCCGAGUUCUACCGGCAAGUGUCAGCAAGUCUCUUAUUCUCUUGCCCCAAAGACCUGGAGUCCUUUAAUGAAGAAAGUGAGGAGCUCUUAGAUCUGGUGGAGUUCACGAACGAGCUUCAGACUCUGCUGGGCUCAUCCGUGGAGUGGAUCCUCCCCAGAGACCUGGACUCAGACGACGACUGGUGAGCUCGCCGGGGCCCGCCGUGUACAGUGUGUCAU